CCCCGCUCCUCGGCGCCGCAGCCGCCGCCGCCGCCGCCGCCCGUCUACGCCGCCGAGCCCGGAGCAGCCGUGGGAGCCCGAGGCGGGGGAUGAUUUGAAACCUCCCUUCCUGGACGGCAUGCCACGCGAGCAGUGACCCCCCUUCAGCGGUCUUCAGCCAUGGAGGACGCGGGGAAGACGUUCAGCUCCGAGGAGGAAGCAGCGAACUAUUGGAAGGACCUGGCCAUGUCCUACAGGCGGAGGGCAGACGACGCCCAGGAGGAGCUGCGGGAGUUCCAGGAGGGGAGCCGCGAGUACGAGGCGGAGCUGGAGACGCAGCUGCAGCAGGUCGAGGGCCGGAACCGGGACCUGCAGUCGGAGAACAGCCGCCUGCGCCUGGAACUGGACGCCCUCAAGGAGAAGUUCGAGACGCAGCACUCGGAGGGCUACCGGCAGAUCUCCGCCUUGGAGGACGACCUGGCGCAGACCAGAGCCAUCAAGGACCAGCUGCAGAAGUACAUCCGGGAGCUGGAGCAGGCCAACGACGACCUGGAGCGCGCCAAGCGGGCCACCAUCAUGUCCUUGGAAGACUUCGAGCAGCGCCUGAACCAAGCCAUUGAGCGGAAUGCCUUCCUGGAGAGCGAGCUGGACGAGAAGGAGAACCUUCUGGAGUCCGUCCAGCGGCUGAAGGAUGAAGCCAGAGAUCUGCGGCAGGAAUUGGCUGUGCAGCAGAAGCAGGAGAAACCCAGGACCCCCAUGCCCGGCUCCGGGGAGGCGGAGAGAACCGACUCGGCCGUGCAGGCCACCGGCUCUGUGCCCUCCACGCCCACCGCCCACCGCGGCCCCAGCUCCAACCUGAACACGCCCACGACCUUCAGGCGCGGGCUGGAGGACUCGGCCAGCGGGACCCCCCUGACUCCUGCGGCUCGGAUAUCGGCGCUCAACAUCGUGGGAGAUCUGCUGCGGAAAGUAGGGGCACUGGAGUCCAAACUGGCCUCGUGCCGCAACUUUGUGUACGACCAGUCCCCCGGCCGAGCGGGCGGCAGCCCUGCCUCGGGGCGGGUGAACAAGCCCAGGGACGGUGACCGGCGACCAGGCAGUGCCAGCGUGCCCUUGGGCGACAAAGGGUCGGGGAACCGCCUGGAGUUCGGGAAGCUGCCUGCGCACCUCGCCUCCCCUUCGCCAGCGCCAGCCCCGGGUGUGGUCAAGAUGUUGCUUUAGGAGCCGAGCCCAGGCCCCGGGGGGUGUGCGGGCCGGGGUGCCUUUGCCCCCUGCCCCGAGCGGAGCCGGGUGGUGCUGGGGGGGGG